AUGGCUGCAAACGGGAUUACCGACGCCACAAAUGGCGUUUCGACGCAAAAGAAAGUCUUCUUCUUCGACAUAGACAACUGUCUAUAUCCAAAAACCUACAAGAUCCACGACCUAAUGUCAGAACUGAUCGACACCUACUUCCAAAAUCACCUCUCAUUAUCCAAAGAGGACGCCACAAUGCUCCACCAGCGUUACUACAAAGACUAUGGCUUGGCCAUCGAAGGACUGGUUCGCCACCACAAAGUCGAUCCAUUGGAAUACAAUGCCAAAGUUGACGAUGCGCUGCCACUUGAAGAUAUAAUCAAGCCUAAUCCGAAGCAGAGAAAGUUGCUUGAGGAUCUGGAUCGAACGAAGGUGAAGCCGUGGCUGUUUACGAAUGCGUACAUCAAUCACGGACGACGAGUGAUUAAAUUGCUUGGGAUUGAAGACUUGUUUGAGGGCAUCACGUACUGCGACUACGGAGCCGAAAAUCUGUUGUGUAAACCCGAGCCUGCCAUGUUUGCGAAAGCAAUGCGGGAAGCUGGCGUAGAAGACGUGUCGCAGUGUUACUUUGUUGGUAAGUUCAUCAUGGACGAGUACGGAAGUCGGAGCAUGUGACUGACCUUGGAACCAGACGAUUCGGCGUUGAAUUGCAGAGGCGGAAAAGCAUAUGGCUGGAAGACAGUGCACCUUGUCGAGCCGGAUGUGAAGCCUCCUCCCGAGCCAGCAUGUGAUCACACUAUUCAAAGUCUUGAAGAGCUACGCGGUCUCUUUCCAGACCUUUUUAAGGCGACGUGA